CCACCCACCUCCAAGCUCUCUCCUCUCCAGGCCCCUGUGGCUACACGCCUGUGCGGCCCUUGGCCAUGCAGCUUAGAGGUAACAUAGCUGGAGGAUCCGAGCUCAAGCGAAGCUGGACCCAGGGGCCAAGCCCUAUCACUUUGCAGUAGAGACGCAGCCCUGCUCGACUCCGGUCCUGGGAGUCAGCCAGAAGUAUCUCACAGUUCCACAGGACAAAUUCCUUAGUCCUCUCACGGCCACGGCUCAGCCAGCAAUGAAGACAAGACUGGGUCCAGGCCUCCUGCUGCUGAUUUUCCUCUUCCCGGCCUGCCUGACUGCGGCCGGGAGAGAGACGCCGUACGAGAAGUUCCAAAGGCAGCAUGUCGACACCUCUGGGAGCUGGGAGCCCGACCCCAACCGCUACUGCAAUCUCAUGAUGCCGCGGAGGAACAUGACGGUGUCCUUCUGCAAAGAUCUCAACAGUUUCGUCCACGGGGCGCUGGCAAUGAUAACCGCUGUCUGCGGCUCAGGGGGGACAUGGCAUCACGAGGACUUUUACUACAGCAACUCUCCCUUCCAGGUCACUGACUGCCAGACAACGGGAGCGUCUCGCUGGCCCCGCUGCAUUUACAGGGGAGACAUCUGCAGUAAGAGAAUUUGUGUUGCCUGCAAAAAUGGGCAGCCUGUGCAUUUUGCCCGGCCGUCGGUGUGCGGUGGCCCAUGAGCCGUGGGGCAGACAUACAGCCCUGCAGCUCUUCCUGGGCUUUGGCAAUGCUGGCAGCCUUGGGCGCCCAUAGCUGCCGGACGCCAUCCCCAUCCUCCUCCCCAACAGAGUAUUUGGGCACCUCAUUGGGGACAGCAACAAAGACUGUUGUUCCUUUUUCUAUGGCAAAUUAUAACUGCCCCCUCCCCUGCCUGAAUUGGCUGCUGCCCCCUAGUGCUCAUUAUACAGUAU